AUGACGAAGAAGCAAUCUCAGCCUUCGAAGAGAGAAAUUGAAGAAGAUCCAUCAACGGAGGUGGAGGUGAAACGUGCCAAGAUGGAGAAUGGACCAGAGACGGAGAACAAACCGAUUUUUCAGAGGAUAAAAACUGCGACCAAAACAACUCCUCCUGCUGCUAUGGCGAAGAAUCCAAUGUUUCAGAGAUCGUGGAGUGAAGAAGACCAGAUCAUGUUACUUGAAGGGAUGAUUGACUUCAGUAGGGAUACAGGUACGAGUGUUUAUGAUGACAUGAAUGGGUUUUCUGAAAAGCAUAAGGAUUCAAUUAGUUUUGACGUGAAGAAUGUGAAUCAGUUCGUGAAGAAAAUCUGGUCUUUGAAGAACAAGUAUUUCCUGAAAAGGAGAAGUCGUGUCUCUACUAACGUUCAUGAUAAGAAUUGCUUAGAAUUGGCUAAGAAGAUUUGGGGAAGUGAUGUUGAUGCCACACUCAAGGUUGAUGACUCUUUUAAGGUUGAUGGUGUGAAGGUAGAAUGUGAUUGGUUUGAGAGGUCGUUUCUUGUUGGUGCGUUGAAGAAUUUGGGUGCGGGGAUUGAUGAAGAGACUCUAAAAGAGAAAUGGAGUUUGGCACCGCUGAAGACGAGGAAGAGGAUAGAAGAAAAGAUGAAGUCCGUGCAAGCCAAUGAGCUCAAAUUGGUGUUGCGAAAGCUUGACGUUUUGCAUGAGGUGAGCUCUCUGUUGGCUAAAUCACUUAGUUUUUUAUGUGCAGGAGGAGAAAAUGUUGUAUAACUGUAAAAGAAAACAUGAAUCUGUCUUUCUUUUGAAAAGAUGUUUUGUUCAUGACACAGAUGACAACU